CCGGGCCUGGCAUCCCGGUAGCCGCAGCUGUCUUUUCCGGCCCCCGUGCGCUCUCCGCCCGAGGCGGAGCCCCCCGGCUCGCGGGGAUCCCCCGAGCGCUGCGUCCUGCGGGUGGGUGAGUGAGUGCCCCGCGGUCCCCGAGAUGUGGGGUGCAUCUGGCCGGGGAGAAGGAGAUCUUGGCUCCUUUGCACCCCAGCGGGCGCAAAGGGGCAGGAGCCCGGGUUGGGGGAGGAGGAGGAGGACCCGGGGACCUUGUGUCGCUCGGUGGGAGCCUGUCUGUGUUUCUGUUUUGCUAGUCGAGGGGUGUGUUUGGGUUGGUAGAGUUUGUAGGGGGGGUGCCUCGUGUGGAUGGGAGGAAUCUGGGGAGGCUAAGGCGAGGGUGGGGGGUUGAGAUGGGUUGAGGGAGAGGAUUGACGGAGGGUGGGGUUUUGAAAGAGUUGGAAGUUUCUUGGGUGCGGUGAUUGCAUGGGGGGUCUCGGUAGGGGCAGCUCAGGACACCGAAGGAGAGGAUGGCGAAGGCUCUCCUGCCCACAACUUACUUCCCUUUUGGGAGAUUUGCUUCCUCUUGCAUUGCUAGUUAAGGAAGGAGAGGCUGGAGUAGCCUGUGCCGUCAGAGAACCUUUGCCCCUUUGCAGAACCGGUGCCAUCCCUAGUCUCAGGAACAUAGGGGAAGGGGUGGCCCCCAGGAGCCAGGAGUGGCCCUGAAACUCUUGCUGACAGGUUUGGGGUACCACUUUUUUUGUGGAGCAGUGGCUGGUACCAUUUACAGCCCUAUGGGCUCUUUUUAGCUGCUGGUAAGCAGGGUGUGGGUGCGUUCCUGUUUCCUUGUGGUUGUGUCUUUUUUUGUUUUUUUCUUGAGACAGGGUCUCGCUCUGUCACCCAGGCUGGAGUGCAGUGGCGCGAUCUCGGCUCGCUACAGCCCUAAGCCUCCAGGACUCAGGUCACCUAACCCAUUUGUGUCUUCCUCUACCCGUGCUCAGCCAUGGCCAGUGAGAGCUCACCUCUGCUGGCCUACCGACUCCUGGGGGAGGAGGGGACUGCCCUCCCUCUCAAUGGGGCCGGGGCUCCUGGAGGGGCAUCUGCCCGGAAGCUGUCCACCUUCCUGGGUGUGGUGGUGCCCACUGUCCUGUCCAUGUUCAGCAUAGUUGUUUUUCUGAGGAUUGGGUUCGUGGUGGGCCAUGCUGGGCUGCUGCAGGCCCUGGCCAUGCUGCUGGUUGCCUACUUCAUCCUGGCGCUCACCGUCCUUUCUGUCUGUGCCAUCGCCACCAAUGGAGCCGUGCAGGGGGGCGGAGCCUACUUCAUGAUCAGCCGCACACUGGGGCCCGAGGUCGGGGGCAGCAUUGGGCUCAUGUUCUACCUGGCUAACGUCUGUGGCUGUGCCGUCUCCCUGCUGGGACUGGUGGAGUCUGUGCUUGACGUCUUCGGGGCCGAUGCCACAGGGCCCAGUGGGCUCCGGGUCCUGCCCCAGGGCUACGGCUGGAACCUGCUGUAUGGCUCCCUGCUGCUGGGCCUUGUGGGUGGGGUCUGCACCCUGGGAGCUGGCCUCUACGCCAGGGCCUCAUUCCUCACAUUCCUGCUGGUCUCCGGCUCCCUGGCCUCUGUGCUUAUCAGCUUUGUGGCUGUGGGGCCAAGGGACAUCCCCUUGACCCCUCGGCCUGGCCCCAAUGGCUCCUCCCUGCCACCCCGGUUUGGCCACUUCACCGGCUUCAACAGCAGUACCCUGAAGGACAACUUGGCUGCUGGCUACGCUGAGGACUACACCACAGGAGCCAUGAUGAAUUUUGCCAGCGUCUUUGCUGUCCUCUUUAACGGCUGUACAGGCAUCAUGGCUGGGGCCAACAUGUCAGGGGAGCUGAAGGACCCCAGCCGGGCGAUCCCUCUGGGCACGAUCGUCGCUGUCGCCUACACCUUCUUCGUCUAUGUCCUGCUUUUCUUCCUCUCCAGCUUCACCUGUGACAGGACCCUGCUGCAGGAAGACUAUGGGUUCUUCCGUGCCAUCAGCCUGUGGCCCCCACUGGUGUUGAUUGGAAUCUAUGCCACCGCGCUCUCAGCAUCCAUGAGCUCGCUCAUCGGCGCCUCCCGCAUCCUCCAUGCCCUGGCCCGGGAUGACCUCUUUGGAGUGAUCUUGGCGCCGGCCAAGGUUGUGUCCCGGGGCGGAAACCCCUGGGCGGCUGUACUGUAUUCUUGGGGCCUGGUGCAGCUGGUGCUCCUGGCCGGGAAGCUGAACACGCUGGCUGCCGUGGUCACUGUCUUCUACCUGGUGGCCUAUGCCGCUGUGGACCUGUCCUGCCUGAGCCUGGAGUGGGCCUCGGCCCCCAACUUCCGCCCCACCUUCAGCCUGUUCUCCUGGCACACCUGCCUGCUGGGGGUGGCCUCCUGCCUGCUCAUGAUGUUCCUCAUCAGCCCUGGUGCGGCUGGUGGCUCCCUGCUCCUCAUGGGUCUCCUGGCUGCCCUGCUCACCGCGCGAGGAGGUCCCAGCAGCUGGGGCUAUGUCAGCCAGGCCUUGCUUUUCCACCAGGUGCGUAAGUAUCUGCUCCGGCUGGACGUCCGGAAGGAUCACGUGAAGUUCUGGCGGCCCCAGCUGCUGCUCCUGGUGGGGAAUCCCCGGGGCGCCCUGCCUCUGCUGCGGUUGGCCAACCAGCUUAAGAAGGGGGGGCUCUACGUGCUGGGCCACGUCACCCUGGGAGACCUUGACUCCCUCCCCUCGGACCCUGUACAGCCGCAGUAUGGGGCAUGGCUCAGCCUGGUGGACCGGGCCCAGGUGAAGGCUUUUGUGGAUCUAACUCUCUCACCCUCCGUGCGCCAGGGGGCUCAGCAUCUGCUGCGAAUCUCCGGCCUCGGUGGCAUGAAGCCCAACACGUUGGUCCUGGGUUUCUACGAUGACGCCCCACCGCAGGACCAUUUCCUGACGGACCCGGCUUUCUCUGAGCCUGCAGACAGUACCAGGGAGGGCAGUUCCCCAGCUCUGAGUACCCUGUUCCCUCCUCCCCGGGCUCCUGGGAGCCCCCGGGCUCUCAGUCCCCAGGACUACGUGGCCACGGUGGCCGAUGCCCUCAAGAUGAACAAGAAUGUGGUGCUGGCCCGGGCCAGUGGGGCCUUGCCCCCUGAGCGGCUGAGCCGGGGGUCUGGGGGCACCUCUCAGCUGCACCACGUGGACGUGUGGCCCCUCAACCUGCUGCGGCCCCGGGGUGGGCCCGGCUACGUGGACGUCUGCGGCCUCUUCCUACUGCAGAUGGCAACCAUCUUGGGCAUGGUGCCCGCUUGGCAUAGCGCCCGGCUCCGGAUCUUCCUGUGCCUGGGGCCUAGGGAGGCGCCUGGGGCGGCCGAGGGGCGGCUGCGGGCACUGCUGAGCCAACUGAGGAUCCGGGCUGAGGUGCAGGAGGUGGUGUGGGGCGAGGGGGCUGGGGCUGGGGAACCCGAGGUGGAGGAGGAAGGGGACUUUGUGAACAGUGGGCGGGGAGAUGUGGAGGCAGAGGCCCUGGCACGCAGCGCCAACGCCCUGGUUCGGGCCCAGCAGGGGCGUGGCACAGGAGGAGGGCCGGGUGGGCCGGAGGGUGGGGAUACCGAGGGCCCCACCACAGCCCUCACCUUCCUGUACUUGCCUCGGCCACCCGCCGAUCCUGCCCGCUACCCCCGAUACCUGGCGCUACUGGAGACUCUAACCCGAGACCUGGGCCCCACGCUGCUGGUUCAUGGGGUCACCCCAGUCACCUGCACUGAUCUCUGAUGCCCCUGCCUCCAGGGCUGGGUAGAGAGGGCCCAGGCAGGUGGCCCAUCCCGAUCCUGAGGAGGAGGAAAGCACUGUGUCCCGUGGCCCUGCCCUUGGGACGUGGAGCCCAGGGGAGGUUUGAAGGGGAUCAUGCCACCUCCUUUGGCAGAGGGACUCCAGCACACUAACUCUGGGCGCCUCUCCCCACCGUGCAGGGGAGGGAGUCCGCAGCCUCCCUUCACUGGUGCCUUGAUGCUAGGGGCCAGGCCUCCGUGACUCUGGGCUACCUCAGUUUCCCCAUUUUGGCCAGACUCACCGGCCCACUGGGGUGGUGAUGUUUUCGUUCUGUUUUAUUUUUCUAACUCUGCUGACCAUGAAUAAAAGACCAAAACACUA